AUGGCAUUCAAAUUCGCCGUCUUCGCCGCCAUCGUGGCCGUCGCCAACGCCGUUGCCAUCGGCUACCCGAGCCCGCUGGGAGCCGCCUACCACGCUCCUCUGGGAGCCGCCUACCACGCUCCUCUGGGAGCUGCCUACCACGCUCCUCUGGGAGGAUACCACGCGCCUCUGGGAGCUUACCCCGCCGUCGCCAAGGUUGCCGCCCCUCUGGCCUACCCAGCUGUUGCCAAGGUUGCCACCGCCGACUACGACCCCAACCCGCAGUACAGCUACAGCUACUCCGUUGCCGAUGCCGUGACCGGAGACAACAAGCAGCAGCAGGAGUCCCGCUCGGGAGAUGUUGUCACUGGAUCGUACGCUCUGGUUGAGCCCGAUGGCACCCGUCGCGUCGUCGAGUACACCGCCGAUCCCGUCAACGGAUUCAACGCUGUCGUCCACCGUGAGCCGCUGGCCGUGAAGGCCGUCGCCCCGAUCGCCAAGAUCGCCGCACCGUACGCCUACCCGGCCGUCGCCAAGGUUGCCGCCCCGCUCGCUCCCUACGGCUACCCCGCCUACGGCAAGGCCAUCCUCGGUUAA